AUCCAUUCUCUGCAGCAAAGGAUCAAAUUUAUGUGCCAGUACCUUGUCUGGAUUUUCAAGUUUGUUACAUCUGUGAUCAUGAACUUGUCUUCCAGUAAACACUGAAUCAGAAAUGCUUGGAAGAAGGAUGUCAUGGAGAUAAAAAAACAGGUUUCAUCAUCCAGUGGGUCAGAUUUUGCUGUAACUUCUUUGCCAGAAAUAGUGUAUCUUGAAGCAGGCCCCAAGAAAAGACGACCAGGUACUGCAGUAAUAUCAAAACAGUUAGAUUCUUCAAACAUGUCUAAGACACCACUGAAUCGACCGGUCAUCCCACCAAGAAGACCUGGCUUUAGAGUGUGUUAUAUCUGUGGCAGAGAAUUUGGAUCCCAGUCUAUCUCUAUACAUGAACCGCAGUGCCUAGAGAAGUGGCGUAUUGAAAAUGAUCAGCUACCAAAGCAUCUCCGAAGAAUGGAGCCCAGGAGACCUGAGGCCCAUGCUCGUGAUUCCUGUACGCUUACAGCUGAAAAUGAGGCAGCAUACCAGAGUGCUCAAGACCAGCUCCUGCCUUGUGAGAGCUGUGGCAGGACGUUUCUUCCUGAUCGUCUCACUGUACACCAAAAGAGUUGCAAAGGAAAUAGCAGUGGGGUUUCAUGUUCUAAACCCCAUAAAUCUGGUAAGGGCCCAAGUUUUGGGUCUGGCUCAACACGUACUGGUCUGUCUGGUGAAGGUCAGCAGAAGAGUGGGGCGGCACCAGCCAUAUCAGACAAGCCACCAGUGAUAAGACGGCCACCAACAAUUAUUUGUUAUAUAUGUGGCCGUGAGUAUGGAACAAAAUCUAUCAGUAUCCAUGAGCCACAAUGUCUGAAGAAAUGGCAUCAGGAGAAUGACAUGCUACCCAAGCAUUUGAGAAGGCCCGAACCCAGAAAGCCUGAAGUCAGUUACAUACAAGCCAAAGGUUUCUAUGAUCUUGAUUCUUUAAACAACGCUGCCUGGAUCAGCGCCCAGAACCAGCUAGUUCCAUGUGAUAUUUGCGGGCGUACUUUCCUUCCAGACAGACUGAUCGUCCACCAGAAGUCGUGUAAACCGAAACCUGCAAAGUAAAGUGUA